GUGCCUGUGAAACAGGACGGGGAAGUUAUCUCCUACUCUCCUCCGGCGACCUUCCUAAAAUGUGCUUCGCUGAAGCUGGGACUGGCAGGGACGGAGAGCAGGAGCCCGGGCGGCUGCUGCCAGAGCGCUAUCCGACUCUUCCCGGCGCCUUGCAGACCCGUAGGACUGAAAGUCGCUUGUGUAAUGAUUCACCGACGCUGAAGAUGUUGUCACGGUUGCAAAGGUGAUGAGCGGCUUAGAAGCUAAUGGUCCACACACUUAGCGGCUCUCGGGACGGCGCACCGUGCGAGCAGUUCCGCAGCGGGCCCGGAGCACCCCGCCGCAGCCCGGCACCGGCUGCCCGCACCGCCGAUGCCCGCACCCUUCACGGCAGCGGGGAAGGCGGUAGGGAUGUUUGUAUCGGGGUGUCCGAGGCGACGGCGACGACCGUGGCUUUAACAAGCAUCCCCUGUUGUUGUUUCCCUCCAGGAGCUACAACUCGAUUUUCAUACCUGCGAGGACGCGCCUUCCCCGCCUGCGGGUCCGCAGCAGUCCGAGGGCUCCUGGCGUUUGGAGCGGGCGGGCCGGCUGCUGGAGUGCGCCCUGGUGAGGGCGCGGGGCUGCGGCGACCGGCCGCCACUGUGGCCCAGCACCCUCUACGUCGUGCAGCGGCACUGCCCCGGCUACCAGCCGCCACAGGGCGGCGCAAUCCGGAGGGCGAGCCGAGGCUCGUGCGACGAGAGCAAGGCCCGGGAGCUGAUGGCUGUGUGGAGAAGCUACAUGAAUUUGGGAUAGGUGGCUUUGUAUUGGGUGGCUUUUUUUUUUUCCCUUCACCGAAUUUUGCUGAAUAUUUAUUGUCCGCCGUUCAGUCAAGCAACGAAGUUAUCCUGCGGGUUAUAUAAUUUACUAAAAGAAUGAAAUAAACCAAACACCCUGGAUAGCACAGAGGCUGUUCGCGCUCCGGGGGCCCGUACACUGGGGCUGCCCGGGGCAAAAGAAAGAAGGGAAGAAAGGAGAAUAAAACCGAGACGUGGCUGCAGAGAGCGUUUGCAGAGGCGAAAGCGGC